GCAUGCGCUAUGCUCAUUCAUAUGUAGCACGGGCAAAUGUGGUGACAUGGAUAACGUAUAGGUCGAUAGCAGUGCGCUAUUUGGAACACUUCAGCAUGUGCAAGGUUGGCUCCUAAGCCUUAUGCGAUAUUAUUGUGAACCAAUUUGCUCUUUCUUUUUUUUUGUUCUUGAAGUUGAAACAUCCUACCCGCCGCGAUGGCUUAGCGGCUAUGGUGUUGUGCUGCCAAGCAAGAGGUCGCGAGAUCGAAUCCCGGCCGCGGCUGCCGCAUUUCGAUGGGGGCGAAAUUUAAAAAAAGACCGUGUUCCGAGCAUUGGCAAAGAAGAGAGAAGUAAAUGCCACAACUGCGGAGAAGCGCUCCCAAACGGCGCUGCAGAACUACACAACUGCACCCCAAAAGGCAAGCUCUGCGAGGGCGACCGUUCGUGCAGACAAAGAUUUCACAUCCCAUACGUCGUGCGAAGACGCUGGAGAAGAAGACGAAACCGCUCCGACAGAGAUGCCAACCCGUACGAGGUCAAUGACCCAGCGGCCAUGCAGCAGGAUCCGGCAGGUGGCUCCAUCCCCAAGCAGCGCUCCAGAGGACGCGCCCGAUCCAAAGGACGCGCCCGAUCCAGAGGGCGCCCCCGAUCCAGAGGGCGCCCCCGAUCCAGAGGGCACCCCCGAUCCAGAGGGUGCCCCCGAUCCAGACGGCGCUCCCGCUCCAGGGGCCGAUCCCGGUCGAGAUCUAGCUCCAGGCGGCCCGGCAAGAAAAUGACAUGGGCCGACAUGAUCGCCAGCAACGGUUCUGCACCGCCAACUUCAAAGCCAGGCUGCGGCUCGGUCGACGGCGAUCCAAGAGGAAUCGGCAGGUCUAAGUGGCCUUGGAUGGCGGCCAUAUUCAAAGGGGACAAAUUCCUCUGCGGUGGUUCUCUUUUGGACCGUGACACUGUGCUGACGGCGGCGCAAUGCUUCUACGACUUCAGAAACGACAUCGGGAUGUACAAAGUGCAUCUCGGCAUUGUGGAACUGAAUGAGACGGUAAGCUCGCACGGCGCCGAACUUCCCAUCCUCUGGAUACGGAGGCACGAGCGCUACCGUCAACGCAGCAUCUACAACGACAUCGCGCUCGUGAAGACCGCCACGAAGGCACCCUACGGUAGCCACAUCGGCCCGGUGUGCCUGCCGCAGCCGGACUUGAAGCUCAGCGGACACGUGGUCGUGCUCGGCUGGGGACUCACGUCUUUCGGAGGCCGGCAGCCGCCCAAGCUACAGACCCGUGGGGCGUUGGCCAUCAGCAACGAUGAGUGCAACGAGAUCUACCGCCAAUCAUCCAGCUUCCUUGCCAGAUUACCUGAUGGCAUCACCGAGGGCAUCGUGUGCGCCGCGAACUACACGGGCGUCGACGCCUGCCAGGGCGACUCUGGAGGACCCAUGCUUGCUCAGGACCUCGACUCUCAGUGGAACGUGGUAGGAAUUGUGUCGUUCGGCAUUCGCUGCGGCGGCCGCUUUCCUGGUGGCUACACCCGCGUCACAGCGUUCCUCGAUUGGAUCGCCCGGAACAGGGACUGAAUUCGACGGGUCGACGCAGGCCGAAUGGUCGCUGGAUCCACCUAAGCGCUGCA